UUUAAAUUUUGCAUCAGACUGUACCUAUAUUUUAAAGAUAUGAAGUCUCACUUAAGUUUUCUUGCGUUCUUAGUUAGUAUAAUUUUUUUUGCUGAUAUUACUUUCGCUGCUAAGCAACCACUUUGUACGUAUAAAAACACUGGAGGUGAAACGGUUUUUCUAACUUAUAUGCCAUUAUCGAAAAAAGGUGAAGAAUAUAUUGAUUUUAAUAAUGCUGGUAAUGGAAUGUGCGUUAAAAAAGCAACUUGUUUAGAUGAUUUCUCCACCAAAGUUGAAGACUGUUCUUCAGUGAAAAUUACAUGCACAAAUAGACGACAAUUUCAAGGCGUAUUUCCAUCGUGUUGCAUAAAAUGUUAAUAAAACUAUAAAAAUUUACAUUAAAAAUAAAAAUAUUUUAAAUCUAAUGUAUU